CACUGCUGUCUGUUUGCUGCUACGUGGAGGAGGUGGAGUGAGAGUCUGGCAGAGCCAGGCCCGGGGGUGGGACAGAGCGGCGGAGGCUUCACAUUACCAGGCCGUAGCCCUUAGCAUCGCGACAGUGAGUUCGGGAGCCUGGUCCAGGUCCUGUUUGAGCUCCGGAGGCUGUAGGAUAUACAGAGACGAUACAGGGCCCGACCCUGAGACUUGAUAAGGCCUCGGCGGCUGGAGGCUGUCCCCAGGAUGAGCUGGUUCAAUGCCUCACAUCUGUCGAGCUUCGCUAAACAAGCCUUGUCACAGGCUCAGAAAUCGAUCGACAGGGUCUUAGACAUCCAAGAAGAUGAGGGUGUCGCCUGGGCUGACAGUAUAACGCCAGGAUAUGAGGAAGCAACACUGCCAGGAAAAAGCUCUUCCGUCAGUGAAGGAUGGGUUUCUACACAAUGGGGGUCGCCUUCAGAGGACAGUCUCAAGUCUCAAUCUACAUCUUCACCCACAGCUAUUACAACACCAGUUACACGAACUAUGGUGGAUGAAUCUGAGAACUUCUUCAAUGCCUUUUUGAACUCUUCAGAUACUCAAACUAUUGAACAAACUCCAGUUGUCUCUAAACCUCCAACCAAAUCUCAGCUGCCCAAAGAAGUAGAAGACACAUUAACUGUUCAUCUUACUGAAUCUGUUGAAUUAAUUGUGCCAGAAGAGGAAAACUCGGAAGAGAAAUGUACAAUGGGACCCCAAAUAGCUAACACAGAAUUUAAUACAUCAGACCAACUUAAUGAUAGCCAGUUGCAACAUGCAGAAGCUGAACAUUCAGAAUCUUUUGGAAAUGAUUUGCAGAAUAAUGAUGAAGUAAAAUUAAUUGGGACAGAAAACGUGACUGCCUCUGUGACUUGUAAAGUAACAAAGCCAGAUACAUUGGUUGCUUUUAGUACUGAAAGGGUGCAUAAAAAUUCAGUAAAAACUGAGCAGUUAGUGAGUCCACCCGACAGCCCAUCAAAAUCCCACACUCCCUUGGGGAAAGAUUUGGUUUUAGAGGCAAAAGAGCAAAAAUCAGAGGACAGACAAAGCAACACUCCUUCUCCACCCAUUAGUACGUUUUCAUCAGGAACAUCAACCACCAGUGACAUUGAGGUAUUGGACCAUGAGAGUGUCAUUAGUGAGAGUUCGGCUAGUUCGAGACAGGAGGCUGUAGAUUCAAAGAUGAUGCAGACUUCCUUUCAGCUGCUAUCAACAUCGGCCUGUACUGACUAUCACCGCCUGGAUGACUACCAGAAACUUACAGAGAGUUGUGGCUCUUCAGAUGCUUUUGAGAGAAUUGACACUUUCAGUGUGCAGUCAUUAGACAGCCGAAGUGUGAGUGAAAUUAAUUCAGAUGAUGAAAUGUCAGGUCGGGGAUGUAAUGUGACAGCCGUGUCUCUAACUCCGUCUGUCUGUAAUGCUUUGCCAGCUGACCAGCUGGUGAAGAAUGUUGAAGAGAGCACAAACGACAGUCAAAAAGAAAAUGCACUUGAUGAAAAUGAAAUGGAAGAGAGUGGCCGAAGUGCAACACCAGUGAAUAGUGAACAACCUGAGGUCUUGCCUGUGCUUGGCCUAACAGUAAUUGAGAACCACAAUGUAGAAAGUAUAGUAAUUAACAGACUGUCGGAAGGAACUGUUAAAGUUGAAUGUCAACCCUGUGAAUUACAAGAGGUAAUUGAUGAGUUGACAGACAAGUUGGAAAAGAGAGAAGCACAGUUGUUGUCUGUUAGCAAAGAUAAGGCAGCAUUGGAGGAGGCAAUUGAUAACCUAAAAGAUGAGAUGAUUCGGCUGAAGGAAGAAAGCAACAGCAUCCCAUCAAUAAAAGAUGAGUUCACUCAACGUAUUGCAGAGUCUGAAAAGAAAGUCCAACUUGCUUGCAAGGAAAGGGAUAAUAUUAAAAAGGAAUUAAAAACUAUGAAGGCAGAACUGUCCACUAGGUUUACCUGUAAUGAAACAGCAGAUCUAGUCCGAGAGAAAGAUGAGCAGAUCAGAGGACUGCUGGAAGAAGGAGAGAAGCUUUCUAAACAGCUCCUAAAUAAUUCAAACAUUAUAAAGAAACUAAGGGUUAAAGAGAAAGAAAAUGAGACCCUGGCCACUAAACAGAGCAAGAAAACCAAAGAGCAAGAGGAGGAAAUUAAGCAUCUACAGCAGGUGCUUGAUGGUAAAGAGGAAGUGGAGAAACAGCAUCGGGAGAAUAUCAAGAAGCUGAAUUGUGUGGUGGAGAGACAGGAAAAAGAGAUUAGCAAGCUGCAAAUAACCUUAGAGGAGCUACAGGAAAACAAUCGCAGUCUUCAAUCUGCACUUGACAGCUCUUACAAAGAGCUUGCUGAACUGCAUAAGGCUAAUGCAGCUAAGGAAAGUGAAGCCCAAGAGGCAGCUUUGAGUCAUGAGAUUAAGACAAAGGAAGCAUUGUCAGUGGCACUGGAACGAGCCCAGGAAGAGGCCAGGCAGCAACAGGAGGCUCUUGUGGCUCAAGUGGCAGACCUUAGAUUAGGUCUUCAACGGGCUGAACAGCAACAAGCCAGGAAAGAGGACUACUUACGUCAGGAAAUUGGUGAAUUACAGCAGAGACUUCAAGAAGCAGAUAAUCGCAACCAGGAGCUCAGCCAAAGUGUUACAUCUGCAAGCAGACCACUGCUGCGACAGAUUGAAAACCUGCAGGCGACACUUGUGGCACAGUCAACAUCUUGGGAAAAACUGGAAAAGAACCUAUCCAAUCGACUAGCUGAUGGUCAAGCUCAGCUUGCUGCUGCUGUGGAAAAGGAACGGUCAGUCUCUGAAGAGCUUCUCACUCUGAGAACCCAAGUCUCUUCAAUGGAUUCACAAAACAGCUUGUUGCGUCAGGAGAAGAGUAGGCUGCAAAUUCAAUUACAGUCCGAGAGAGUCAGGCUUGAGAAGACUGAAGAUGAAAGCAACAGGCAUCAUGUGGAGUUUGACAAUCUGAAGACCGAAUACAUUAGGGCCCUUGAAGAAGCAAAGAAAGAAAAGAUUACCUUGGUUAAUCAGUUGGAAAUGGAAAAGUUGAAAGUUGAACAGGAAAGAAAAAAAGCAAUUCUUGCACAAGAUGCAUUAAAAGAGAAGGAACGGAAGUUGUUUACUAAUCAGGUGCUGGAGCCAGUGUCGAGUACUCCAACACUCUCUCGAUCUAGUUCUGUCAGCGGUGCUGAGAUGGCAUCCUUGCAGGCCUCCAUUAACUCACAGGAUGAUUUAUUUGAACAUUCGUUUGCAACAAUGACUACAUCAGCUAGUAGUAACAACUUGUAUGAAGUCCUUAGAAUGGGAGCAGGAUCAAGCUUCUUUGAAAAUUUGCAGUCUCAGCUGAAGCAAAGAGAAGGAGAAAUUGUACAGUUGCAGCUUGAAAUAUCUAACCUCGAAAAGACUCGAACUAUCAUGGCUGAAGAACUUGUCAAACUAACUACACAAAAUGAUGAACUACAAGAAAAGCUGAAUGAAAUUCCCAAGUUACGUGUACAGCUUAGGGAUAUUGAUCAACGGUACAACACAAUCCUCCAGAUGUAUGGUGAAAAAGCAGAGGAAGCUGAGGAACUGCGACUGGACUUGGAGGAUGUGAAAAACAUGUACAAAACCCAGAUAGAUGAACUAUUGAAACAGCGACUAACCUGAUUUGCUUUAUCCUAGUAAACUUGGCACUUAAUAUUUUUUUUCCAAGUUUCCCUUAAUGUGAAAUGCAAUACUGCUGACAAAUAUUUGGCAUAAAGUGUGAAUGUAUGAUUGUAAAUAUAUAUUGUAUUCUUUAGUGCUUUUUGUUAAUUUGUUUUGCCUUAGAGGAAAAAUUGUACAGUAUGAUCUAUCUGUGUUGGAAAAAUUACUGGUGUAAUAAAAGUACAUAAUAUGAAGGAUUCAAGUGCAAUAUUAUGAGUAAACCUGAUUUACAGCUGACCCUUAGGAUGAACACAUAUCCUUCUGAAAAUGCAGUUUUCUGGGCAGAAUUGUAUUUCUGAUUACAAAAAAGACCAAUCUUCUUGGCAAACUCAAUUGACCAGGCUAGUAGUUUUUAAGCUACCCAAAACAUUGUCCGCUAAAGAAGGGAAGUGUUUCAAUAAAUGAAUUACCCAUUAUUCUGUAUUCCACUCUGGUAAAUGCUUUACAGAGGUGAAUUGAAAAGAAAUUUGGACUAAAGUAUGUUGCAUUUUAUUCAAUCUUUAGUUGUUAUUAAACUCUAAAUACAAAGAUUUCAGAAUUACUCAGUAUGGGGAUUUAAACAAAAUUUAGUUUAUAACAAUAAAAUAUGCUGUCUUGCUGUUGAUAAGUGGCUGAAAGAAAAAAAUUGCAUUUUGGUCUACUUUUGCUAAUAGUUACACUUAAUUUCAGUACACAAUUUGAAAAUUAGAUUGUAAUCUGUGUAGAACAAGCACAUAGUAACAUUAAUAAAUCAAUCUUGGUGCUAUAUUCUGUGCAUUGAAAAUAAAUUAAAAAUGCUUUAUUUAAAAAAUAAUUUUCUAUAGCUUGAAUCGAUAAUCUGUGUUAUACUUUCCAACUAAGUUUAAAAUGUAAAUAAUAUACUUUGUGUAACACUGAUAGGAUUUGGGAUAAUAAAGUCUCUUAACUGAUUUGCUGUCUUUCACUAUAGUAUAGAUGAACUUUUGGUUUUUCAUUUGGUGUAAUACCUGAAAAAAUAUCAGCUACAUUUCUUCAACCAGGCUAGAAGCUAAAGAGGAUACAUUUGUUCUUUUUAAUAUAGUUAUAAAAAUGGGAACAAAGUUCAUUUAUUGUCACUAUGCAUAUUUACAAACCAGCAGGGAAACUGUUCCUGGUUACAGUGGUGGAGGUAAUGUUUUCACUCAUUUGUUAAUCUGUUUGUAAAUAAUAUAUCUCAAAAACUAAUGGACAAACUUGGUACACAGCUAAGGUAUGGCCCAAGGAAGAACUGAUUAGUUUUUGACGAACAUGUGGGAUAUGCAUCUGGAUCCAGAUCCUCCAAAUUUUUAUGGGAUCCGUUAACAUUGAGAGAUGGGGUGAAUAGACAUUUUUUUAAAGAAUGUUGUUGAUUGUUUUAGAAUGUUAUGGAUUGUCUCAACAGCCGUGGUGCAAUUUGUCACUGCUGUCAAAAUGUGAGCAGAGUUUUCAGAGCAGAUUGUUGUAUGCAGAUUGGCCUGAAGCCUCCUCAGUUAGAUGAAAAUUCUUAAUAAAAAGAUUUAUUUUUUCAGCUUUGUAGUUACAGAGCAUCAACUAGGCAGGAAAAAGCUUCAAGAAAAAGCUGCAUAAUUAUAACAACAUUGAGUUAGCACAGUGUGAUGGAGGUAUGUGCUCUACUGAGUGCCCUCUUCACUUAUGUGUAGCUGUUAUUGAUAUAGCUGCAAUGACAGAAUGUAAUAUCGGACAGAUGAUUAGCUGCAUUUGUGAUUUUUUUUUUGCCUCGCCAUUCCCUCUUGUGAAAUGCCUAUCGUCAAAUAGGUACCUAUGGAACAUCAAAACUGAGACCAAAUAAGGAAACCAUGGGCAAAACCCCUGCUCCACCCUUUAGUGCCUAUGCACAAGAAAAUGCAAUCAUGCUUAUGUCAUCAAAGUCAAUAGGCUCUAAAAGAUAUUUGUUUUACUAAUUAGUAGAGCAUCAGUGUCCUGAUCUGACCCUGGAAUGGACAGAUUUUUCUUUCAGUUGUUGUGCAUUGUGCAAUGGUAAUGCGCUAAAAAGCAAGUGUCUGAGUUUCAUACUGCAAAUUUUUUGGGUAAUUCCAAUAUUUGUUUGUUUAUUAUGGAGGAGCUAAAUGUAUAUGAAUUGGGCAGUGGGAAUUAUCAAUGCUCAUAUCUUGAAAUCAUUUUUGAUUUCAGUUCAACUGGCUUCCAUAUUCAUCUCAGACAUGUGCUUGCAUGUUUAAUUAUAAAUGUCAAUGUUUGGUGAUAAAGUAUUUGCUACUACUGUGACUCUAUAUUAGUACAUUUCUAGUUUAAGGUUUUGAUGUCUAGGGUAGCAAUGCUUUGCUGCAGAAGUAUAAAUAUUGAGCACAUUUUAUUUUUUUAUUUAUUCAUAGGAUAUCAUUAAGUAUUAACAUAGAAAUAUUUGGUCAUUUCCCUUGUAGUUUACAAUACUCAGCAUUGAAAUGUCACCAAAUAGACUUUUGAAAGGUAUUGUAUAGUAGAAAUUACAACAUGCAUAUUUUGAGAGUUAAUUGGGAUAAUCAUCCUGUUACUGGGGAAGGUUUUUUUUCCUGUAGGUUCAAAUGAUUUGGUAAUUUCCCUGCUUUGCUGGUAUAUUCAAUUUAUUUUGUUCAAUAUUUAUGUUGGGACACUAAAAUGGUUUCCUCCAACCGUAUAUUAAUGUGCCACAUAAUCUCACUUAUGUUCUUAUUAUCAAUGGCAUUGAAUAAAUUGCAUAAUAAAUUUUAUUUACAAUGAC